GUUAAAGGGAUUUGCAAUUUCUUCAACCAAAGAAAAGUCAUUGGAACACGCUACGGACACCAAAGAGCUGUGCUCAAUCCCAGAUUUCAAGGGCAGCGUAGAAAACCUCAACGAGCACGGCACUUCACGGUUCCGCAGAUAUCAUGAGUUUCGAGACCAGAGAACUUCGAUCACUCUUACUAGUCUUGAUUCUCUCUUUAGCCAUUGCCUUCACGGCUUUGGCAUCGUCAGAGAGGAUCGACUUCAGCUUCCCGCCUUUCAAUGAUAGUAUCAUUCGACGCCAAGGCGAUGCGUCGGUUUCAAAAGACUCCAUCCAUAUUGCGCAGUAUCGAGCCAGCAACACUCAUCAGAGCGUGGGUUGGGCCACGUACCGCGAGCCGAUGCGCCUUUGGGAUAAGGCGACCGGGAACGUGGCGGAUUUCACCACCCAAUUCACCUUCGUCAUCAAUUCUCAAGGACACACGAGAUUCGCCGAUGGAAUGACCUUCUUUCUUGUCCCCAGUGGGUCUCAACUCUCGCCCAACUCAAUCGGAGGCGGCCUGGCUAUUAUGGAUCCAGAUCGUGACCUUUCCAACUCUUCUACAUGGUUUGUAGCCGUUGAGUUCGACACUUUCUACAACGAGUUUGACCCGAAUUGUGCACAAGUUGCACAUGUCGGUAUAGACGUGAAUAAUCUAAAUUCCGUGAACUAUAGCUGCGUCGAUUGGUUCAAUGAUAAAAUCAUGAGCGGUGGGCGGAUCAAAGCUACGAUUACGUACAAUUCUAGCACGCAGAACUUGAGCGUUCUAAUGAUAGAUGCCGAAGCCACCGGUACUGACAUAAAUUCCUCUGCUAUCGAUUACGGAGUCAACUUGAUUGAGUAUUUGCCAGAGUGGGUGACUUUCGGUUUCUCGGCUGCCACGGGUGGACUUUUCGUGUUGCAGACUAUUGAGGCAUGGGAAUUCAGCUCUACUGUGCAAGUGGCUGAAACAAAUAUUCCGAUUCCAACAAAUGGUACGGAUAUUCCAAUUCCAUCUCCGACUCCAACAAAUGGUGAUGCUAAAAAGAGCAAGAUAUGGCUAUGGUCUAUCUUAGGCUCAGGUUCUUUAAUUUUGCUCAUUCUUGCUCUAGCUUUCAUUUGGUUUCGUCACCGUUCGAAUUCGAAGAAAAAGAGAACUUACACGAGUGGAGAAGAAGAUGAUGCAGCAGUCGAAGACGAAUUCGGGCACUUGUCGGGGCCCAAGAAAUUUUCCUACAAGGACUUGGUCGCAGCAACCGAUAAUUUCGCAGUGGAACGGUUGCUUGGGGAAGGGGGCUUUGGAAGAGUGUACGAAGGUUACUUAACCAGCAUGAAUGCUAGUGUCGCAAUCAAGAAAAUUAGCCCAGGGUCAAGACAAGGGAUAAAGGAGUAUGCCACCGAAGUGAAGACCAUAAGCCGGCUCCGACACAGAAACUUAGUCCAACUCAUUGGGUGGUGUCGUGAAAAAAAGCAACUCCUCCUUAUAUAUGAGUUCAUGCGCAAUGGUAGCCUUGAUUCUCAUCUAUUCAAAGAACGAUCUUUCUUGCCAUGGGAGAAGCGAUACAAAAUCGCACAAGGCAUAGCCUCGGCAUUGCUUUACCUCCAUGAAGAAUGGGAACAAUGCGUUGUACACAGGGAUAUAAAGUCCAGCAAUAUCAUGCUCGAUUCUGAUUUUAAUGCUAAAAUAGGGGACUUCGGUUUGGCUAGGUUGGUUGACCAUGCCAAAGGGUUACAAACGACUAUUCUGGCUGGAACCAUGGGCUAUAUGGCUCCUGAAUGCGUUUAUACGGGUAAGGCCAGCAAGGAAUCGGAUGUCUACAGCUUUGGAGUCGUUUUAUUAGAAAUAGCUUGUGGAAGAAAAGUCAUCCAGCCAUGGGCCGUGGAAGGCCAAGUUCGGCUUGUGGACUGGGUUUGGGAGCUAUAUGGAAUCGCAAGGCUACUUGAUGCGGCGGAUUCAAAACUUGGCACUGAUUUUGAUGGAAAGCAACUGGAGUGCUUGAUGGUUGUAGGGCUGUGGUGUGCUCAUCCGGACUACACUACCCGUCCUUCCAUAAGAGAAGCGUUUAGCGUUCUCAACUUUAACGCUCCGCCACCCGUUCUCCCAUCAAAAUUGCCGGUCCCUACAUACCUGGCGCCUCUGUCAGCAUUCUCUAUCGCAUCAAUCGUUUCGUCCCAUGCCACCUCAACUAGAGGCACCGAAGACUCUCAGCAUUAAUCGUUUACUGCCUCUUCUAUACAAUCCUCUCAUUAAGCUUCCUCUGCAUUGCUCCAAAAUGCAA